UGGGCAGGGCCGGCGGCUGAUCUCCCAGGCGGACACCGGGGCGGGGGGGGCGGUGAUGGGGCAUAUAGGUGGCGACCGGGGCUGAGAACACCUAGCGCAGGUGACUGGCUGGAGGCGACAGGGAGUUCCCGCCUGUUGCGCUCUUCCAGAUGAACACUUGAGAGAAUAGCAAGGAGGGGCCGAUCGGUGUCCUUCGGCCGCGCCUGGAGCCCCACCCUCGGCCAGAGGAAAAGGCCCUUGGCUGCGCGGCGGGCGCUCGGAGAACCCGGGGGGAAAGCGCCCGUCCCCGCGCGCCGCCGGCUGGGCUCGCACUCCUCCGCGCUCCGGCCGCGGCCUUUGGCCUCCGCCUCCGCCUCCGCCUCCGCAGGGCUAGCUCGCCGGGCCCCGCGGGGUCCCAUGGCGCCAGCCCGCGCCACCCGCCCCGCCAGCGGAGCCCUCCGCCCGCAACUGCUGCUGACCCUCGCGAUCUUAACAUUUACCUGUGAUGCCUGCAAAAAAGUCAUACUACAUGUCCCCUCCAAACUAGAUGCUGAGAAAUUUGUCGGUAGAGUUAACCUGAAGGAGUGCUUUCAGUCUGCAAAUCUGAUUCAUUCGAGUGAUCCUGAUUUCCAAAUUUUAGAAGAUGGUUCAGUCUAUACAACAAAUGCUGUUUUGUCUUCAGAGGAGAGAAGUUUUAGCAUAUUACUUUCCAACACUGAGAACCAAGAAGAAAAGAAAAUACUUGUUCUGUUACAGCAUCAAACUAAGGUACUAAAGAAAAGACAUUCUAAAGAAAAAGUUCUAAGACGUGCCAAGAGAAGAUGGGCUCCUAUUCCUUGUUCAAUGCAGGAGAAUUCUUUGGGUCCUUUCCCACUUUUUCUUCAGCAGAUUCAAUCUGACACCGCACAAAACUACACUAUAUUCUAUUCCAUAAGAGGACCUGGGGUAGACCGAGAACCUAAGAAUUUAUUUUAUGUAGAGAGAGAUACUGGAAAUCUGUUUUGUACUCGUCCUGUAGAUCGUGAGGAAUAUGAAUCCUUUGAGCUAAUUGCCUUUGCCACAACUCCAGACGGAUACACUCCAGAACUUCCACUGCCACUGGUAAUCAGAAUUGAGGAUGAAAAUGACAACUACCCCAUUUUUACAGAAAAAACUUAUGUUUUUACAAUUUCUGAAAAUUGCAGAGUUGGUUCUACGGUGGGACAGGUGUGUGCAACUGACAAAGAUGAACCUGAUACGAUGCACACACGUCUCAAAUACUCCAUCAUCGAGCAGUUGCCAGCGUAUCCCACACUAUUUUCCAUGCAUCCAACUACAGGCGUGAUCACCACGUCCUCAUCUCAGCUAGACAGAGAGCUAAUUGAUAAAUACCAGUUGAAAAUAAAAGUACAAGAUAUGGAUGGUCAAUAUUUCGGUUUGCAGACAACUUCAAUUUGCAUCAUUAAUAUUGAUGAUGUAAAUGACAACUUGCCAACAUUUACCCGUACUUCUUAUGUGACAUCAGUGGAAGAAAAUACUGUUGAUGUCGAAAUCCUCCGUGUUACUGUUGAGGAUAAGGAUUUAAUGAAUACUGCGAAUUGGAGAGCUAAUUAUACCAUUUUAAAGGGUAAUGAAAAUGAGAAUUUUAAAAUAGUAACAGACCCGAAAACCAAUGAAGGAAUUCUGUGUGUGGUUAAGCCCCUGAAUUAUGAAGAAAGAAAACAGGUGGACCUACAGAUUGUUGUAGUUAAUGAAGCUCCAUACUCGAAAGAGGGUAGCUUACGAUCUACCAUGAGCACAGCAACAGUUACUGUUAAUGUAAAAAAUCAAGAUGAAGGCCCUGAGUGUAGCCCUCGAGUACAAACCAUUCAAACUAAAGAAAAUGUGCCAGUGGGGACAGAGAUUCAAGGAUACAAAGCGUAUGACCCCGAAACAAGAAGUAGCAGUGGCAUAAGGUACAAGAAAUUAAGUGAUCCAAAAGAGUGGGUCAGAAUAAAUGAAAACACAGGAUCCAUUACAAUUUUCAGAAACCUGGAUCGAGAGGCAGAGAUGAUCAGAGGUGGUAUAUAUAAUAUUACAAUUCUUGCAUCAGACAAAGAUGGGAGAUCAUGUACUGGGACACUGGGAAUCAUACUUCAAGAUGUGAACGAUAAUGGCCCAUCAAUACCAAAACACACAGUGGUAAUCUGCAAAACCGUCUUGUCACCAUCUGCGGACAUUGUUGCUAUAGACCCUGAUGAGCCUAUCAAUGGCCCACCCUUUGACUUCAGAUUGGAGAAUAUUCCUGAUUCAGACAUAGAAAGAACAUGGAGAUUAACAAAAAUUAACGAUACGGCAGCUCGUCUUUUCUAUGAGAAGGACCUUCCAUUUGGAACAUAUCGAAUAUCUGUCAGAGUUGCCGAUAGACAUGGCCGGUCACUCAUCACUCCGUUAAAAGUACUUUUAUGUGACUGUGUUACUGAAAAUGACUGCACGCUUCGCACAGAUGCGAGGACUGGUGGCGGAGAUGUGAGACUUGGAAAGUGGGCCAUCCUUGCAAUAUUGUUGGGCAUAGCGUUGCUCUUUUGUAUCCUAUUUACCUUAGUCUGUGGGGGUACUGGGGCAGCUAAACAGCCCAAAGUAUUUCCUGAUGAUUUAGCCCAGCAGAACCUCAUUGUGUCAAAUACAGAAGCUCCAGGAGAUGACAAAAUAUGUUCCACGGAUGGCUUCACAACCCAUACUGUGGGCAGUUCGGCUCAGGGAGUGUGUGGCACCAUGGGAUCAGGAGUGAAAAAUGGAGGGCAGGAGAGCAUUGAAAUGGUGAAAGGUGGACAUCAGACCCUGGAAUCAUGCCGGGGGACUGGGCAUCAUCACACCCUGGAUUCCUGUAGGGGAGGACAUGUGGAGGUGGACACCUGCAGAUACACCUACUCCGAAUGGCAUAAUUUCACUCAGCCCCGCCUUGGUGAAGAAUCCAUUAGAGGACACACUCUGAUUAAAAAUUAAACAAUGAAAGAAGGUGCAACUGUGUAAUCAAGAUGACAAGCAUAAGCAUGCUCAAGACUAUGUCCUUACAUAUAACUAUGAAGGAAAAGGAUCCGUGGCUGGUUCUAUAGGUUGUUGCAGUGAACGACAAGAAGAAGAUGGGCUUGAAUUUUUGGAUCAUUUGGAACCCAAAUUUAGGACACUAGCAGAAGCAUGCAUCAAGAGAUGAGUGUAUUCUGAUAAAUCUACAAAAUCCAGUGACUUUAUCUCCUUCCAACCACCACUUUUUUCAUUACCAGCCAGAUUUAAAAAAAAAAAAUACAAGAUGUUAUGUUUUGGGUUUUCCCCUCUUUAUUUUGAUGGGAUCUCUUUAGCCAAAUGCAUGUUUACAAGAUAAUGCUAUAAAUAUGUAUCCAAAUUUCCCAAGUUUUACAAAGUUAUUUAUUAGUGUCUUCCAUCCAAGGAGACCUACAGAUAGGAAAAUUAAGGAAGUCUGCAUUAUUGUUUACAUUUGAGUCUAAUGAUAAUAACCACUUUAUAGUGCAAUAAAAUGUAAUGAAUUCAAGUGUAUGUCAUACACUACUUAAAGUAUGACCUAAUAGAAAAUUGUCAAGAACUUGCUUUAAUAUUAUUUUCACUUACCUAAUUAGUUAAUCGUGUGGUGCUUGAAAACUGCCAUUCUCCUAAACAUUAUAAAAUGUAUAUUGCAUUCUUGAUAAUGUUUUCUUCUUACAACAUUACCUUUCUUUUUAAUGCAAAGAGAGAGUCCCAGGCAGGCAUUAACUAUUAAUACAAUUCCAUUUUGGUGGAGUUUAGUUUCUAUGUUUUAUUCUAUAUAAAAUCCUGCACUGAGUCUAUGUUUCUUUCUUAACCUCUCUUGUCAGCAAAAUUUAAGUUUAAAAACUGCUAGAAUGUAUUUUUACUUCUGCAUGGUUUUGGUCCUUGAUAUCUCUCUCUCUAUAUAUAUAUAUAUGUGUGUGUGUGUGUGUGUGUGUGUGUGUACUCCUCUCUCUCUCUCUCUCACUAUCUUUCUCUUCUCUUUAUUUUUUAAAUUUCUACUUGGGUUGGAGAGUCUAGUAUUUUAAAAAGCCAUCUCUCUUCUCUUCUAAAGUGAGUGAUUCUGUUUGUGUUUUAUGUAAGUGUAGUAAUCUCUGUUUAUCGGAGUAAUGUUAUAAUGUUGACGUUAUUGUUUCAGAUAUCUUGGUCAUUGCUUCAUUAUUUCCUCAACAAAAGAACUUUAACUUUGCCAUUGAAAAUGUAAAAAUAAGUCAUGCUUUUAUUAGAUGCAAUAUUCUAUGUUAACAAAAGGGUAUUUAAAAUUAGCAUAUGUGCGGUUAGUAUAUAAUAGCAUAUUUACAGUUUAUAUCUUCAAUGCAAGGGUAUAGUUUUUAAAUGAGAAAUAAUGAUGGUUUUGAAAUAAGCUUUGAGGUACAGGGAUUGUGAAAGUUCUCCAGGAAUAAGUAUUUUACAACUUUUUAGAUGAACUGCCUAGUCAUAUCUAUCAGAGUUUUUUUGUUUCAUAUUUUAAGAUUACAGUUUUUAACAAAUGUAGUAUGGGCCAAUCUAUUUAUAUUUUGAAACAAUAAGACAAAAUUAAACUUAACAGCCAACCAAAUUUCAGACCAUGUUUCACAGCUGAUUUCAGCUAAUGAAUUUUUUAUGUAUACUAACUCCAUGGACAUUUUAAAUGUAUUUCUGAUAGUUACAAUUGUUAAUAAUGUGCCUAUCUAAAAUUCACAAGUUUGGCUUGUAACAAUUAUUUUUAAAGGUUAACAUUGGGUAAUUUUCCAUUAUCAAUUUAUCUUUUUAAUAGUUUUAUUAUUGUUCGGUCAAAAUACUAUUUCUCAAAGUUUUAAAUAAAUCAUGUCCACAAUGUGUGUAUUACUAGUUAUGAGAAAGUAAAUCAAGUAGUUUUAAAAUAUUAGUGUGAGUUUGUUAAUCAUGUGUCUGAUAUGACCUUAUAAGAUUGCAUUUGUUUUACUUUGAGAAAUGAGUCUGUUCUUUAGAAUCGUGUUCUACAUUUUUUAGAAUUUUAGAGUUUGAUGUGGAGAGAUCACUGGUCCAUUGUUAUCACCAAAUGUAUAUAAUUUUGCUAUUCUAAAGGUUGUGAUGCUACGGGAUAUUGGUUACAUAGUUUCUCUGUGUCUGUGUGUUUUUUUUCAAAAUUUCAUCAUAAAAUGGGGGAUGGUAAUAUAAUUCCUUUCCUAGGGUGACUGUAAGACAUUGGAAUAAAAAAUAGCUUUUAAGCAUGAAAUUCA